ACCAACAUGCACAUUUUAACUUCCACAUACUAAAUAACUCUUCAUGUUUUGUUUGUAGAAUGGAUUCAGUUGCCAAAGCUUUGGAGGAAGUGCUCACAUCGGCUUUGCCACAGGGCUGUAUCACGGUUGGGGUCUACGAAGCUGCCAAAUCGCUCAAUGUAGACCCAGAUAAUGUGGUUCUGUGCAUCCUGGCCACGGACGGCGAGGAUGUGAAAGACGUGGCGCUCCAGAUUCACUUCACCCUGAUUCAGGCCUUCUGCUGCGAAAACGACAUCAACAUCCUGCGAGUGAACAACACACAGCGUCUGGCCCAGAUCCUGUGCGGGGGAGGAGGCCCGGAGAGGGGGAGGCAGAGCGGAGGAGAGCCCCUGGACCUACACUGCGUCCUGGUCACGAGUCCACAUUCAAACACAUGGAAGGACCCAGCGCUUAGCAAGGUCAACCGUUUCUGCAGAGAGAGCCGCUGCAUGGACCAAUGGGUGCCUAUAAUUAACCUCCCCGAUCGAUGAAACUCACCUUCAAAAAGACCAAGCUGGACAUGUUCGAAUUAUUAACUGUCCUCCAGAGAACAGCGCGGUAACAGACACUUUACCGCUACAAAGAUCAAAUCCCACGCCGAGCUGAAAUGGAGAAACAAGGAAAAUGUGAUUAAAAAAAGCAAACUUGACGGAUCUCUGCUAGAUUUGGGGUCCGUCAGCCACCGUAGUUGAGAUGGCGGGAGGAGCGAGCGUGCCUUUUUCAAACCGGACACUGUACAGAAGGACGGACGGGUCGUGUGAUGGUUGCCGGGGGAAACGCAAAACAAAUAAAAAAAACGAGGGGCCCUGAAAGUCUGGCCCCUCUUUCUCUCACUAAAUAAAGCACUUGCGAAACACUGGACAUUGCAUCGUUUGAUUGUUAAUGUUAUUAUUGUAAUUUAAGAAGGGAAGGGCUAUGCAUCCAGUGAAGACAUUCUGUGUUUUUUUCCCUAUAUGGACUGUUUCUUGACGCAAUUAUUAUUAUUAUUAUUAUUAUUAAUAUUAUUAUUAUACACAUAGUUCUUUUGUUACAAUUUAAGUUAUUUCUAAUGGUAUUUAAGUAUAUUUAUGUUGCAUUUUUUACAUUUAACUAUUUGCGAAAUCUGAAUUCUGACACAUGUAUUUGCUGUCAAUAAAUGAGUAUUUUUGGACCAGAA